GGCGACAAGGCUUGCUUUUAUAUAGCCACAUUUCCCACUAUUGGUCGGGGAGCGGCCCGCAUACAACCAAAGUCGAUAAAGCAUCGACUCCUUCCACCUGACAAGGUCCGGCCAUCCUUCAUAACAUCCUUUAUUUCUCUGAAUGAUGCUUAUUCUGUUCGUUGACCUGGAUUCUCAGAUAGCAUUGAUGUGUUGUUGGCGCAGACGCGAAUGCUCGUUGGCCCGCUACUAAGAAAUAUUUGUAGAUACUAUUGUCCCAGACAACGAAGCUUUCUCUUUGGCGACCUCAAAGUAUCUUGGAACAUGUUACCGCCGCGACGUCGACGACAGCUCGUCUAUCUCCUGUUGGUAUUGGUUGGUUUUUUGUCUUUGUUGUAUUUGGGGGUUGACAGUUUGAUGAGCUCGGGGGACCUUCUCCUGCGGUCAGCACACAUACCGAUGGACGAGCCAUUUACAAUGACGGCGCUCUUACACCCUGACGACGUUGGCGACCGUAAGCCGUCACGCAACGACUCGACGUUCAUCGCUCUGGUUCGAAAUGAAGAAUUGGACGGUAUUGUUUACUCCAUGCGUCAGAUCGAGCAAAACUUCAAUUCGAAAUUUCAAUACCCCUGGAUCUUCUUCAAUAACAAUCCCUUCACUGACGAGUUCAAACGUCGGACAGCCUUGGAGACCCAGGCGCCGUGCUUUUAUGAACAGAUCCCUGCGGAGCAUUGGGAUGUCCCCUACUCGGUCGAUCGGGAUAUAAUGGCACAAAGGAUGGAGGAGAUGCAUUCUCAAGGGGUCAAACAUGCGUCAGACUUGAGCUAUCACCAGAUGUGUCGGUGGUAUUCGGGCUUUUUCUACAAACAUCCCGCGCUUGACAACAUUCAGUAUUACUGGCGCGUGGAACCGUGGAUAGAGUUUUUUUGCUCCGUCGAAUACGACGUGUUUCAAUAUAUGUCGGAUAACAACAAAGUCUACGGAUUUACAAUCAACAUAUACGACGAUCCCCUUACCCUGCCGUCUCUAUGGCCGCGGACACUUGACUUCAUCGCCGCAAACCCCAAACAUCUCAGCCACCGUAUGGCUUGGAAUUGGCUAAAUGACAGCACAUGGCGACCAAAACUCAACGCCCAUGCUAAUGGGUAAGCACGUGCCAUUUCUGGAGUAAUUUCGAAAUUGGCGACCUCGAAUUCUGGCGGAGUCCUGUCUACGAGUCUUAUUUUCAACCUCUGGAUCGCUCGAAUGGGUUUUUCUAUGAACGAUGGGGAGAUGCACCGGUCCACAGCAUCGCGCUGGGGCUUUUUGAGAACACCUCCAGAAUCCAUUGGUUUCGAGAUAUCGGCUACCGUCAUACCGUCUACGCCAAUUGCCCAGCUUCAGAUAGAUGUCAGGGCUGCCAGGCUAACAAGUUUGCACCUGUGGCUUUCUGGCUCAACGGGGAAGACUGUCGUGUAAAUUGGCUACAACAAGUGUGCCGAGAUAAUGCUUCGGAGCAUGGCCAUCUUUGUCCAAGUGGCUCCAACCAUGGUAUAAUUAAUUGCCUUGGUACUCCUGCCCUUAUUCAAAACCAAUCUCACAUUCGUAAUCGUAUGAACUGCGCGAGCGAGAGAGUGUUCGACCAGAACCAUAACGUUCUGUACCUCUCACCAAUAAUGAGG